AUGGCCCUUCCCCUCAAGAACUCGUCGCCGGAUCCUGCCCGCACUACCGUUUCAGAUCUUCAGCUUGAAGGCUCGUCAACGAAGACUGCUUCCACCAAGAUGCCAGCAGCACGCCAUCAAGAUUCUCCUUUCCUUUCCUUGCCGUUGGAACUCCGCUACAUGAUAUACGACUACGCCUUUGAGUAUAGACAGUACGACUGGACC